AUGAAACUGCUCUCCACAGUGAGCAGCGGGGUGCUGGCCCCCGCCCUUCCUGGCCGGCCCACACCUGCGGGGGCCCCCCCCCCGUCCCCCCGUGUCUGUAAUUGUGACUGGCCGCACACUACUCCCGACCCCGACUCAAAGGGCAAAUGGGGACACAGCUGUCGCCACACAUCUCGAGACAGUCCCGGGGGACGGCCGCAGGGGCCAGCUCUCAGGAAGCUGGAGGACGGGUUAGGCUUCUUCCCUGUCCGCGCCCCGAAAGCCGCCCCCCACCCCGACUGCACCGCCUCCUGGAAACGCCGCUCUCGAAUUUGCAGGAGAGAAACAGGCAACCACAGCGCGGACUCGAUCCGGCUGUGCGGGGCGGCAAAGCGGCGCCAGGAGGCAAAGGUCAGUUUCCUCCAGGUUAAGCUUCCGCAUAACCCACGGGAUGGACUUUACUCUCUGAGCGAACCCUUCGGCCAGGUCGAGGCUCCUGGUGGACAGGCUCCUGGUGGCGGCAGGCGAAGCGCGCCGGUGUCUGUGCCAGGCUUUCCCCGGAGGAACCAGGCCGACUGCCAGGCGGCUCGGCGGCCGCGCACCUGUCCGGCCCUCCUUCCCCGCGCGGCCCCGGCUCCGGGCCAGUCCGCGCGCUGCGCACCGCGGGGUCGGCCGGGUCCAACCCCAGACUCGGCCCGAGGAGCUGCCGGCCAGGGGCUCGCGAUCGCCACCCUCCCUGCACCCCAGCGCCGCUGUUGCCACUGCCCGGGACCCGGCGGCGCGGGGCCUCGGUGCGCGCCGGAUCCAGCCCGGGGUACCCGGGUCCCUCCCCGAGGGUCCCACAGCCCCAGGCCUCCUGGGGUCUCUCCCCGCCGGGUCCGCAGCCCCCAGCCGUCCCGAGGAGCCGAGAGUGGGAGCCGGCCUUACCGACUGGAGCGGGGCGCACGGGCGGGGCGGACUCCCCGGGGUCUCGCGGAGCGCUCGGCGGGGCCGGAGCGGCGGCGGCGGCGAGGGGGCGCGGGGGGGCGGCGGAGGCCGCUAUCUGCUCGGAGUCGGGAAAGCUCGGCGCGCCGGGCGCUCGGGCCUUGGACACCUGUGCGCUCGUCGGCGCCUUUUAACCGCGCCCGGCACCCCGCCUCUUCCCCGGAGCUGCUGAGAAAGUCCGGGAGGGGGCGGCUCCUCGGCGUCCGGCCGCCCCCAGCGCCGCGGGCGGGGCGCACCGGCCCCGGGUCCUCAGCGCUUCUCCGUGUCCCCGAGUCCCCCGAGCACCCCGGAUCCCCGCGCCCCCAGCCCCCCGGCCGCCCGGGUCCGAGCGGGGCGAAGCUGAGCCUCGGCUCCCUGCGAUUUUGGGGAGAGGGUGAGGUUAAAGGAUCGUUGUCGUUGCUGUUAUUGUUAUUUCUACGUGGACCGGUUCAAGAGCACGGUCGUAGUCAAAGCUCCGGUUUAAUUUUUAUUUUUAAUUUUUUUUUAUUUGAAGAGUAAGUUCAGGCCGGAGGUCCGGUUCCCCGCGAGGCGCCCCCCGGGCAGCGCGGUUGCCCUGGGCCGGUUCCCUCCUGGGAAUGUGGGUUCACGGUGGGCGGGGGGGGGGGGCACCGCCGAGCUUGCACCGCCGGGCUUGGCCAAGGGCCUGCUUCUUUCUCGCCCAAACCUCGCAGGCAAACUUAACGAAUGUCUCCUUGAGUUCCUGUUUGAUUCGAUCACUUUCCACUACGUGCCAAGGGCCGGGGUUGGACGUGGUGAGGACACAAGGCCAGCGCCAGGGACCCUGCACGCGGGCCCAGCCCUGCGCCCCAUCAGAGGGUGCCCCCGGACCCUGCCCACGUCCUCCUACUCCCACGGCUGAGAAAUAGCAAGAAGGUUACUCAGUUCGGGGUGGGGAGCCCCCCCUGAAUGAAGUCUACCGACCCCUUCCCCUGCACACACGUCUCGGAGGGGCGCGCUGGUGGGAUUUCUGGAGAGGCUCCCUGGGAAGCUCGGUUCCUCUCCCGGAAGCUUGAGCUCGGAUUACAAGGUUUCAUUGUUCACAUGUGGCUGGGUAUUUUGACAUUCACAAAGCAAGUGGAUGGAGAAUUAAAAUCGCAAGAGUGGGCCGCGUCUGGGGAACUGUGUCCCGCACGGGGGGCAGGAAACUCACCCCAGGAUUCCUGCAAAGGGGCCAGCCCUGAGGUGCAGGCGUGCUCGCUCCCACGCUUGGCUUCACUUAGGUCGGUUUUAAGUUGAGCAGAGAUGAUUCACCCUGACAGGGCAGAUGUGGCCUUAGAAAUGGGUUUCCCGUGACUGUGAACAUUAGCGUAAAGGUACUGACUUUUCCUUUUAAAGGCUGCACCUCAUCGCCACGGGCCAGUUUAGGCCAUUCUUGCUGGGCGAACCUGAGUUUGUCCCCCUGUCACUACCCCACCUUCCAGCCCCAGGUCUUAGUCCGGGAAGGAGUGUCUGUUCAUGAACAGACAAAGCCCUACAAGGCCCAUCUGAGAGAUGUGCUGAAUCGGCUGGUUGGAAAUUACAAGGCAAAGGUGGGUGGCCUGGAGGAACCUUCCUGGCCUGAGCCUCCUGGGAGCUGGGGGGCAGGGAACGCCCUUCAGGUUGUCAGGGCAUCGCUCUGCAGGGCUCUGGGGUUGGAGUGAAGGAAGUGUCUGGAACCUUUGCAGGAAGCCAGCUGGUAAAGGCGGUUUGGACAUUGAAAGCUGACUCGCUUUCCCCCGCUGAAGGAUUUCCCCUUGGCUUUUCGUGUCUAUAUCAUGAUCGCAGGUUGCUGUUCAACUUCCUGUUCCUGUGUUCCCUGACUUAUCCUCCUGAUUUGCAUAAUGACAGUGUAUUGCUGUCUGAUUGAAUAUCCUAGCCACUCUGUAUUUGAGGAUUUAUGGUUAGAACCCCUACAGCUCUUAAAUCUUAACUACAACGCAGCACCUGAUUGUCUUCUGUUUGGUGUGACUUCCGUUGUUUUCUGUGCACUGGUGUCUUCUUCCCAACCAGACUCGGAUUCGGAUGGGGCAAGAAAUCUCGUGGAGGUAUUUCGUGUCCUCCAGAGCAGAGGAGGGGAGGGAGGGUAAGAUGGAAAAAGGGUCUCACGUCUGGACAUUUGAAGUUAUCGCCACACGAGCUUAGAUGUAUGUGCACUUAGCAGAUCACACCACAGCUUAAUGUUUUAAAAAUCCUGCAAUUAUUCUGUGAAUAGCACAAUCAUAUUGCGGCAUUAUUUUUGGUUAAAAGCAUUACUUUGUUAUAUGUAAACAUUGAAAAUAAGCCUCAGGGACUUCCCUAGUGGCUCAGUGGCUAAGAACCCACCUGCCAAUGCUGGGGACACGGGUUUGAUCCCUGGUCCAGGAAGAUCCCACAUGCCACAGAGCAACAAAGCCCGUGUGCCACAACUACUGAGCCUGUGUGCCACAAGUACUGAAGCCCACAUGCCUAGAGCCCGUGCUCUGCAAUGAAGAGUAGCCCUCGCUUGCCAUAAGUAGAGAAAGCCCGCGCACAGCAACGAAGACCCAACGCCCCCCAAAAUAAAUAAAUUAAUUAAUUUUUUAAAAAAGAAAGAAAAUAAGCCUUCAUUUUCAGGUCUUCAUCCUGAAAGGGUCAUCCUGACCCGUCCCGCCCUCCGCUUCAGCCUCCCCAGCCCGAUGCGCCCACCUCUCCAGCCUCAUCAACUAGGCAGCAAGCAACAUAGAGCACAGUUUUGGACUCGGUUUUAUGGAAGAACUCUGGUGUCUCCUGGGUAGGUCUUGAGUGAAGCUGAUACAGAGGACUGGCCCUUUUCAGGGAAGGUCAGGGUAUCAUUGAAUAAAUAUUGAUGGCUAAACUGGUGGGUAUGUGUUACAGCUGCACCUGUCACCUCACAGUGUCAGAGAUAUGUGUGACUAAGGUUUUUACAUAUGUACUUAGUAGCAAAAAGACAAAUCCCAGGCAUUCAAAAUUUAGCUGAUCUUUUAUACAGGUAUUUAAAGUGGUGCAGGGACAUCGCUGGUGGUGCAGUGGUUAAGAAUCCACCUGCCAAUGCAGGGGACACAGGUUCGAGCCCUGGUCCGGGAAGAUCCCACAUGCCACGGAGCAACUAAGCCCGUGUGCCACAACUACUGAGCCUGUGCUCUAGAGCCCGCGAGCCACAACUACUGAAGCCCACGUGCCACAACUACUGAAGCCCACGCGCCUAGAGCCUGUGCUCGGAAACGAGAGAAGCCACCGCAAUGAGAAGCCCGCGCACCGCAACGAAGAGUAGCCCCCGCUCUCUGCAACUAGAGAAAGCCCGCGUGCAGCAAUGAAGACCCAAUGCAGCAAUAAAUAAAUAAAUUUAUUUUAAAAA